AUGUGGCACAGUCCUCAAGAAGUUGACAGGGUUUUAAAUCAUGAAGUUCCAAGCCAAUUAAACUGUGAUAACAUGUAUUUUUGUCAUGUGAACUUCUCUGAUUUCGAAGGGGAUUCCAACUCAAAUGUUGACAUACUUGAUCUGUUAUAUGGUGGCUUUGAAAAUGAAGGUUGGGUUAAUCCUUUAACUAGCAAUGAAGAUGAAUGCAUUUAUGCUAUACUUGGAGAGGGUUUUGCGAAAGUUCUUCUCCUAAGUGACAAUAGGUUAUUCAAGCAAUGGGAUCCGGAAAAAAUAUCUUUAUUCUCGUAUUGA